UGGUUCGCGUGGCGAGGAAGGAAAAGGACGCGACGAUGGCGGAGCGUCCUGGGGGUAGGAGACGUUCUCGUCGGGACAGUACGGAGACGGGCGGGUCGUUACGUGGCACGCCGCCGACCUCCAAGGAUCGAAGGACCAAACGAUCGAGCAAACCGUCGAAGGAACGAUGGGUGCUGACGAGGAAAACGUGGCGUUACAUGGCCGACGCCGGCAGACGUUUGAUACCGGAUGGGACGCACAACAGGCCGGAGGAUAUCCCAAAGAUAGAGCAAUACUUUCAAGAAGUAUGCCAGAAAGAGCCGAGGUUUCUGCUUUGGAGGAAAGCAUCGUACCCAGGGACGUUGGCCUUCCGAUCGCAGAGACGUCGAAGACAGAUAAAAGGUGGUAGUUGCAGGACGAAGGCCAGUUCUGCCGACGAGGCUGACGAUGUUAGAAAUCAGCCCCAGGGUUUCGUUCUUCAGACCACCACGGCGGGGAAGUUUGACCUAGCGAAGGCCAAGAGAGAGUGGUUGAUGGCGUCGGAAGGAGGCAGCAUUCCCUCGAGCCCUGUGGAGCAUAGGAAAUUCGCGCAGGAAGACUCUGAGACUAAAGCGCUGGCCGACAUGUUGCAAAAGUACCUGAACAUGCAGAGCGACGUCGCUGGCACGACGAAAUCGGCGGAAAGAUCGCUUGGUCAGAUAGAUGGAAAGGAACCUUUCGACUAUCAAAGUUUGAUAAGCAAGCUUCAACAUCAUCUAGAUUUAAUGCUCGCUCAGGCCAAACUGGAGGAACUGUCCGUUCAACGAGCUUUGACGACGGAGAAAGACGCGGAGAAGGUUUCGAAGUCCAUGCAGCCGUAUCAGGGCGACUACGUGCACAAAUCGUUGAUGGAAACUAUUAGUCGUUAUUACAAUAGAUCCGGUACUCGGGAGCACGUGAUCUCGGCUAUUCUAACGGAUCGGAAGCUACUGGAGAAGCUGUACUUCGACUUGAGGUGCACCAGGGGUUUCAGAGGUCCACGUGCCACCGGCGCCUACACGUCACCAUCCUCUCGCUGGUGGUCUCACCAACGAACCAGGAUACCGUCAAAAGAAUCCGAGGAUUGGCUUUCCGUCAGAAGAGAUCCUAUCUGCCCGCCGCCUCUUAUAGCUGUCCAAGAGCCCAGUACCGAUCGCAAUCCCAUGGACAACGGUGUACAAACAGACCCUGUACCUCGCGAGGUUCUCGACGCUAUUCUCUUGGAAAAGGAGAAGGAGGAAUUGUCCACGAAAGAGGUGCACAAACCUACUCGCAGGCGAAGCAGCGUGGACAACGACGACGUUUCACCGUCUGUCAGCGACACGAUCAAAAGGUACCUUCGAAUGGCUAGAAAGAAAUCGAUGGACGCCGACAAGGUGGACAGAUUCAAACGAGUGAACUACGACAGAAAUUUGAGGAACAUCAAGGCGAAGGGAGAGACAACGAGCCUCGGCGAGGACGACGGCAAUAACAAGGGCUGCCAAACCGAGGACAACUGGGCUGUUAAUUACAGAGAGAUGUCCUCGACGGAGAAUCCGUCGGAAAAUUUGUCAGACGCUGACACGACCACCUCACUACCGAGUGGCACAGCGAUGCAGAAGAGCAAGUCCUCGAGCAGCGUGGUGCAUCACGGCAGCCGAUUGGUCGCCAAGAAGAUAUGGAGGUCCAGGAGCAAGAGCACCUCCAGAGCAUCCAAUCAACCCUCUGUCUGGACGCCACAGGGAAAGUGCACGUGGGCGGGCACCAGUGGAAGACGUGUCACCCUGCAAGACACUUCGUUGAGGUCACUGUCGGAAAUCGAGAGGAAAGUUCUGUGCAAGGUGGCUGUCGCGAAACUCCAGGCCCUCAACUUGGGUGUUCAUAUCAGGCCGCCGAGU